CAUUGCGUGUAACAAAAUUAGCCUGAACAACAUAGCGAAAAUGUCUUCUAUAACACACAGAAAACACGAUUCCAGUGGAUCCAAACUGGACAAUGACGUCCUUAACGACAGCACUCGAGGCUGUCAAACAUUUUGUAGCAAAGGCUUGAAAGGAAAAAGAAACCACAGUUUGGCAAAUAUUUUGGCUACCUUGCCGCGGGAACACCGACGCCUUUCUAUGACCAGAUCCGAUUCACUAACUGACUCCACAGGAGCUGGGCCACAGAGGAGGUUACUUUUUAUCGUUAAACAGGAUAAUGAACCAUUUGGAUUUGAGCUUCAGACUUACAAACUACAUCAUCAACAUACUUAUGCAUUGGAAAUGUUGACAUAUGUUUGCAAAGUACAAAAAAACAGUCCUUCGGCUCACGCAGGACUGAAAACAGGUGAUAUGCUGACUAAUAUUAAUGGAAUAAGUACGGAAGGCUUUAGUCACCAGCAGACAGUGGAUCUGAUCAGGUCAUCAGGGAAUCUUCUCAGAAUAGAGGCGACAAAUGGGGCACAAAUUAGAAGAUCGGAGCUUGAGGCCAGGCUGAUGUUUUUGAAGCAUGACCUUCAUGAGAAAUGGACAGAACUACAAACAGUGUUCAGAAAAGAGCACCAGUUAAUUUACGGAGCAGUAAAUGAAGCCCAAAUUCGGGAAGUGUUGAAUUCCCUUUAUGGGGAAUUGUUUGUUCAUCAAGCAUCAUCACCGUCAUCAUUCUUGAAUAAGCACAGAUUCUCAAGUGGAAGUAGUUAUAAGAGCCAUUUAAGUUUCAUGACUGACACCAGUGAAGAAGGUCAGACAUCAUGGUUUGAUGAAGAUUCAAGCAGCGAGGCCUUUAGCCGCCAAUCAAGCAUAGACGAUGACUGUUUCUUUGUCAAAGCCAAUGGACAUUCGUGGAAGAAAUCAUCGUUAUCCCGUCACAGAACCAUCAGUGUGACAAGUAGUGGAAGCGGGUCAAUGUCACCAAACUGGGACACAAUAAGUCUUUCAAAUUUUUUUGGGACACUGCCACGGAAAAGUAGAAAAGGGAGCACUAGAAAACACCUCCUGAAAUUUAUCCCUGGUUUGCACAGAUCCGUGAAAGAAGAGGACAUUCCAGUAUGAGAUAUAUUGUAAUUUUGUGAAAUAUGCCUAUGUAUGACUUUUUUCAGCAUUAAUACAGGAAUAUGACAACUAGUUAUUCUAGUAGGUAUGUACUAUUUUAAUAUUAAUGUGACAAGAAGACCCACAAUUGAGAGGAUUGGCU